UCAAAAAUCGAAAUUUACAAUGACAACUAAUUUAGUACGCUUGCUCGAGUGUAAUAUACGAAACAGCAAAGCAACAGUAGCUCAACGUACUAUGCGGGUAUUUAGCAGCCAGCAGGAGCAGUCAUCGGUGGAAGACGAUGAGGAAUUCAGAGUGCUCAAUCUACGGACUAUUAAGCAACAGGCGCGCAGGCGGGUAAUAAAGAAAGACGCGGUGCCCCCGCCUCGAACAACGCAUAUGCCUGUUGAUCAAGAUUGGUCAGCCGUAUGGUCGGGACCCCGUUCUUUUCAUCCUGCCAGCGUGCCACUGCCUUUGCGUCAAGGUUACACAGAGCGGGGGGCAGCUGCUCCCUCAAAAUAUGCGAAUGCGGAAUUAAUGAAAAUACCUAAUUUCUUGCAUUUGACGCCGCCGGCCAUACGGCAGCAAUGUGAGGCAAUUAAGAAGUUUUGCACACCAUGGCCGAAGGGUCUAGAAUCAGAAGCCACGUGGAAAGCUAUUUUUCCUGUAGAGGUCAUCACUACGGACUAUUGCCACAGUCUACCGACAAUACGACAUCCGGAAGCUCGUCGUGUCACAAUUACGCUAAAUUUGGUCGACUUGAAGUUUGAUGCACAUGCAAAGGAUAAAUUUCUACGUCUUGUGGGUGAGAGAUACAACCAAGAGACUGGAGUCUUAACAUUCACCGCUGAUCGCUGCCCAACGCGCAAACAAAAUUACGACUAUGCUUUGUAUUUGUUGACGGCAUGUUACCACGAGUCUUUCGUUACGGAGCCAUGGGAAGCUAGCAAGUCAGAGGCCGACAUGGAGGUCUAUCUUUUUGAACGGAAUAAAGCAAAACUUUCUGCGGAAGCCAUUCUUAAUUGGAAUGUAAAUGGAGAGAAGCAGGCGCCAAGUGCUACCUAUGCUGAGAGCGUGGAAAAGUUGAUUAACGAGGGCGAAAAUGAGUACAACAUAGCCAAAUAUAAGGAGGAAGUGCUAAAAAUGUUGAAAAUAGCUAACUAGUAGGCAUGGAAACAUAAU